UGUUUACUCUAUGCGUAAUAUAGUGAUGGCGGCAUUCAGUAGGUUAUGGUUGAUCAUGUAGUUGCUACGAAGUGUAGUAAACAAAUGAUGUUUCGCUUGUAAUUUAUGUUGUUAGCGUGGCAAGAAUGAAGCUGUUUGCACGUAUGUCGUUUCUCCGGAGGCUGCCCAAGUUCAGCUCUUCAACUUUAGGAAUAUCUCGUGGAGCACAUGAACCCUCCAAGACUCGACUGGUCAAGUAUGGUCUGUUUGGAUCCGUGCUGUGUGCCUCGGCAGUGUACUACCUUCAACUGUCUGCUCAAGAGAAGAGGUCGCUGCACACCACGCUGAGCGGCGUCAGGAGGUUCCUCAGGUCGGUGCGGAUCGGGCUGACGAUCUCCGUGGACUACUGGUGGUCGCUGCGGGGCCUGGGCGACGUGGAGGCAGAAGUGGCUUCACACGCCGUGCACCAGAGGGCUGCGGACAGGAUCCUCGACGGCUGCCUCAGGAACGGAGGCUUGUACAUCAAGCUGGGCCAAGGACUCGUGUCCAUGAACCACAUCCUACUCAAAGAGUACUUGAAUACUUUAAAGGCACUUCAAGACAGAUGUUUGACUCGAGGCAGUGAUGAAGUUGCACAGUUAUUUAUGGAAGAUUUUGGUAAACCACACACUGAAGUAUUUUCACAUUUCAAUGAGGAGCCAAUCGCUGCUGCGAGUUUAGCUCAGGUGUUUCAUGCAAAAACAACAGAAGGUGAUGAAGUUGCAGUGAAAGUACAGUAUAUAGACCUACAGGAUAGGUUUGUAGGAGACAUUUCUACAGUAAAACUGCUCUUGAAGAUGAUUGGUUGGAUGCAUCCGAAGUUUGGUUUUGAAUGGGUCAUUGAUGAUUUGAGAGAUACUCUAGAACAAGAACUGGACUUCCUGCAUGAAGGGAAGAAUUCUGAACGUUGUGCAAAAGAAUUAUCACAUUUAUCAUUUGUGUAUGUUCCAAAAGUUCACUGGGACAAAAGUACAAAGAGAGUUCUGACUACUGAAUUCAUCCACGGUACAAAGAUAAGCGAUGUUGCAUCAUUAAAAAGCCAAGGCUUCUCUCUUGAAGAUAUUGAUGAAAAACUUGUGAAAGCUUUCGCUGAGCAGAUCUUCCACACAGGAUUUGUUCAUGCAGACCCACAUCCAGGAAAUGUGUUGGUUCGGAAACUUAAUAAUACCAAAAGAGCAGAGCUAGUUUUGCUUGAUCAUGGCUUGUACGAGUACAUCCCGCCACGUAUAAGGAUCUCACUUUGUAAGCUCUGGAAGGCAAUAGUCUUGAAUGACCACCCUCGGAUGAAGGAGCAGGCAGCUGCGCUGGGAGUUUCAGAUGGGUACCGCCCGUUCUGUAUAGUCAUAUCACAGCACUACGUUCCAUCUCCACGGAAUGAAACAGAUGUGUUCGGAAAAUUCUUUACAAAAUCUGGGCCUGAUUUCACGCGGGCAAAACUAAACAAACUUUCUAGUGAAGAAAAAGAAAAGGUUCUUCAAGAAAUUGAGGCCAUCCACGAUCGUAUGCUGAAUAUUUUCAAAAGAAUGCCGAGGCAAUUAAUUCUUGUUUCUAGGAACUUGAACCUCAUCAGGGCCAUCAUGAAAGAGCACGGCGACCCGGUGAACAGGUUCACUCUGAUGGCGAGGAGCGCCACCAAGGGAGCGUUCCUAGGCGAGCGUGCUGGGGUGACGAGCCGAGUGGCAGGUCUUUCGCAGCUGCUGUAUUUCGAACUGAAACUCUGGUGUGAUUCUGUUUGGCAGUAUUUAUUUAAGCUGUCAUUGCAGCUUUUAAGGAUACUUGGGAAAUAUCCUAGCGAUCUGGCUAUCUUCACAACACAUGUACAUUAAUUAAAUAGCUUCAAGUUAUUUGUAUAUUUACUAUAUGAAUUGCAGAAAUAUACUUGCUAAAAGAUGACAGUAUAAAAUAAAUGUAUUGAUGCCUGGAAUUAUACAAGAAUUGUGUAGUGUACUAUUGUAUGGUUUAUGUUAAAAAUAUAAAAAAAUAGUUAAUGAAAAUAAAUAGUUUCAAUUAAA